AUGUCGCGAAUCAUCGUCCGAAAAUUGAUCACGGCCCUGCUGUGCUUAUGGAAGCUGGCCGUGUUGCUGCUCGUUCCACUUCUCUUCCUGCCACUCAUCAUCUACAUUGACGCCAAGGAGGCGAGAUGCGCGUACGUGGUCUGUCUCAUGUCCUCCUUCUGGAUGACCAACGCCGUGCCCCUCCCGGUGACGGCGCUGCUGCCCGUCGUACUCUUCCCGCUGCUCGGAGUGCUGCCCACCGACGAAGCCUGCUACCCGUACCUGCAGGAGACGAACAUGCUGUUCAUCGGCAGUCUCAUCAUGGCCAUGGCCAUCGAACACUGCAACGUGCACAAGAGGAUCGCCCUUCGGGUGAUGCUGUGUGUCGGCACCAACCCACGAUGGAUCAUGUUGGGCUUCAUGCUCACAACCAUGUUCAUGUCCACGUGGAUCUGCAACACAGCCACCACGGCCAUGAUGAUGCCAAUCGUGGACGCCGUCUUGGCUGAGGUCAUUGACACGGAGUCCGACGGGCUCAUGCUCGCUGAAGCCGGGGAGUGCGAUGGCGACAAAGAAGCGUACAAGCCUUUAAACAGCAGUGACGACGGAUCAUCCUGCCAAAAAGCAAAACUCGCCGCGCAGCUUGAGGCACCGGCGCUGAAGACCAAGCCUGCCACGCCCGAUCCCAGCACGGUCAAGAGGCUGCAGCAGGCCAAUAGGACGCUGAGCAAGAGUCUCUAUCUGAGCGUUGCCUUCGCUGCUAACAUUGGAGGCACCGCCACGCUGACCAGCGCUGGCCCAAAUCUCAUUCUUAAGUUCGUCGUAGAAGAGUUCUACGGAGGACUUCCCCCGAUCGACUACGCCAGUUGGUUGCUGUAUUCAACGCCCGGUGUGAUCAUUAGCGUGUUUGUCGUGUGGGCAGCGUUCCAGGUGCUUUACCAGAAGCUGGGGUCCGUCGGGCUUGACCGAAAGGGACAUGCAGCCAAGAAGGUCAUAAACAAGAAGUACGACGAGUUGGGGCCAAUCACGUUUCACGAGUUUGCUGUGCUGGUCAUGCUGGCCUCACUUGUUCUGCUGUGGAUGUUCAGAGACCCUCACUUCGCGAGAGGGUGGUCGACGUUUUUUGGAGACUUGAAGCCCAAAGACGCCACAGCGGCACUUUUCGUGGUGUUCUUUCUGUUCGUGAUACCUGCUGACCCUCGGAAGCUGGGAACCAGCCCUACGCUGCUCACCUGGGACGUCGUCCAGAAGCGCUUGCCCUGGGGUGUUGUCCUUCUUCGAGGCGGAGGGUUCGCUAUGGCAGAAGCCACGAAUGUGUCUGGACUGUCCCGGUGGAUGGGACACCAGCUUGCAUCGUUCAGCUUCAUGUCGCCGCAAUGCAUCAUCUUUGUAGUUUCCGUUAUCGUUGCGUUCAUCACAGAAGUCGUGUCCAACUCAGCUACCGCAACUAUCUUCCUACCAAUCAUGGCCCAAUUGGCGACAGAUCUCCACCUCAACCCGCUCAUGAUCAUCGUUCCUGUGGCACUCUCCUGCUCGUACGCCUUCAUGCUCCCCGUGGGCACGCCGGCCAACGCCAUUGUGGCCAGCCACGCCAACAUUCUCCCGGCAGAAAUGAUCUUGCCUGGGCUCGUGGUCAAGUGCAUCUGCAUCUGCAUCAUGCUGGUCAGCAUCAACACCCUGGGAGUCUUCAUCUUUGAUCUCAACAGCUUCCCGACAUGGGCAGAAGACUUUGUAGCGAAUGAUUCCUUAUCCGCCGUCCUCAAUCGCACAAUUACUGUCUCGGGACAUUGAACACGACACACAUUGACUUUUU